CUGCCAGAAGAGCAGAGAGACUCAGGCCAACCCAGAACCUGCCAGUUCUCUCUGAAGCCAGCUCUCUCUUCCUCCACCAUGCCGGUCUCUGCAAGAACGCUUCUGUGCCUACUGCUCACGGUUGCUGCCUGUAGCAUCCACGUGCUGGCCCAGCCAGACUCCGUUAACUCCCCACUCACCUGCUGCUACUCAUUCAAUGCCAGAAAGAUCCCAGAGAAGAGGCUGGAGAGCUACAAGAGAAUCACCAGCAGCAAGUGUCCCAAAGAAGCUGUGAUUUUCAUCACCAAGCUCAAGAGAGAGAUCUGUGCUGACCCCAAGCAGGACUGGGUCCAGGCAUACACAAAAAAACUGGACCAGAGUCAAGCUAAAUCAGAAACUACAACUGUGUAUAAAACAGCACCUUUGAAUGCUAACUUGACGCAAGCUCCUGCAGUUAAUGUGUCUACUACUGCCUUUCCCACCGCAGACUCAAGAACUUCUGUAAGACUGACCAGAAUGACAAUGAACUAGUGUGACCUGGAAUGUGAUACCUUAAGUAAUGUUAAACUUAUUUAACUUAUUGAUGUUUCAAUAUCCCCUUCCCAGAAUACUAGGAUUUCUUAGAUGCGUGACGUGGUUCCAUUGUUUUCCCUCAGUGAAACCUGGUUCUCCACUUUGUUAUGAGAGAUGACUUUUGUAAAGGUGAAUGGAAAAACUUUGUGCUUGAAAUUCCAAGUCAUUGUUUGAAAUAUUAUUAUAGAAAUUGAUAUUUCUAAUUAUUAAGAGAAAUAAAUUAUUUUUGUACAUA